AGAAAACAUUGAUAUUAAUUCAGUUAUUUGGAUCAGAGUCUGUCUAGAUAGAGUGUUGUUGAUUAAUGGAGUCGCCAUUUAAGGGAGAUAUCUUGAAGGGGAAAGUAGGAUUGCUGACCGGUGGCGGAUCAGGAAUCGGGUAUGAAAUUGCUGCAGAGAUGGGGAAACAUGGAGCCUCCAUCGCCAUCAUGGGUCGUCGGAACCACGUCCUUCACUCCGCUGUUUCUGCUCUUCAAUCCCAUGGCAUUCAUGCUAUCGGGAUUGAAGGAGAUGUCCGAAAUAAAGAGGAUUGUGCUCGAGUUAUAGAAACAACAAUUAAACAAUUUGGCAAACUCGACAUCCUUGUUAAUGCCGCAGCCGGGAACUUUCUUGUCCCAUCUGAGGAUUUAUCGCCUAAUGGUUUCCGAACAGUGAUAGACAUAGAUGCAGUUGGGACAUUCACAAUGUGUCAUGAAGCACUUGAGCAUCUGAAGAAUGGUGGUAUGAUCAUAAACAUAAGUGCAACUUUGCAUUAUACAGCAACUUGGUAUCAAAUCCAUGUCUCCGCUGCAAAGGCAGCUGUAGAUAGCAUUACAAGGAGCCUGGCAUUAGAAUGGGGAACGGAUUAUGGAAUCCGAGUGAAUGGGAUUGCACCGGGCCCCAUUUAUGACACCACUGGUACUUCCAAGCUCGUACCUGAGAAAGUGCUGCUCAAGAGAAAACAAGAAUCUGCUUUGUACAGGAUGGGGAAGAAAUGGGAUAUUGCUAUGGCUGCUCUCUAUCUUGCAUCUGAUGCAGGUAAUUACGUAAACGGGACAACAUUGGUGGUUGACGGAGGAAUAUGGUUGAGCAGUCCACGUCAUAUAUCAAAAGAGGCUGUAAAGCAAGUUUCAAAGACAGUAGAAAAGAAGUCUAGAGAUGCACCUGUUGGCAUUCCAAAAAGCAAUCUUUGAUCCUUGUGUUUUAUCACCUGCUGCUGCUGCUUUAUCAAGCUCACAUUUGCAGCGUUGUAUUUCAUUCAAAUUCAAAUUCAAAACAAGUGUAAUAAUAAUGAACACAAAACGUGAGUAAGACAGAUAAACACAAGUAUUCUGAACGA